AUGGCCGGCGCACAGAUCACCUGCGAGAGGGAUCCGAACUUCGGAAUCAUCCUCUCGUUCAUGGAGCAGUUCGGUGCGUUUCUGGACAUUGGCGAAAUGAACAUUGCCGAGCUGAAGGCAAUGCUGGAAAACACCGAAGCUGUUCCUCAGACGCUGGUCGACCUGCACAUAAAGCUAAUGCGUAAGAUAAAUAAAAAAGUACCGGCGGCACGCUGGGAACUGGCGUUGGCCAAAUUUGCCCACUCGUACUCGCAUCAGGAUGCGUGGGAAAUCGAGCGGUUCGGAUACAAAACGGCUAAUCUAGCCGUCAAGCUACGGGUUUUAAAGGCCUUGCUGGAGGGGCAGUUCGAUCUGAAUACUAAGUUCAAGACACAAAUCAACACCACCGGCGCCGGUGAGCUACGGCUGGAUCCGCUGGGACGCGACCGGUUAGGUAACUGUUACUGGUACUUCAUGGACGAAAGUGCCAACCUGCAAAUCUAUCAAUCUGAUCCCGAGAUGGAAACGUGGACGCUGGUGGCAAGGAAUCGGGACGAGUUCGUAAAUAUGAUUGAAAUGUUGAAGGAGAAUCGUCCCGUCGAGCCGCUUCUGCCCGCGAGUACAAUGGAAGAGGACGAGGACAGCGCCGGCAGCAUGAGCGAAACGGAGGCAAUGAAACUAGACGCCUCUAUUCCUAAUCCCUCGGAGGUACCGCCAAGUUUGAUUAUCUCUCGUCGCACGUACAAGACACCGGACCAGAUCGAUGCGGCACCAGACACGCUGGACGAUAACGAACCAGUCAAGAUGGAAACAAACACCAGCGAGGACAUGGAGACGACGAAACGGGAGGAAGUGGACCCCCCGCCUAGUGAUGAAGGAUCUGUUAAAUGUGCGAAGGAGCAAGGAUCAGAACAGAAUGUUUCUUUGUCACCCAAUCAGCCGACGAUAAAGACUGAAUCCAUUCAACCGGAGACUUGUAAAGCGACGGAGCGCGAGGAAUCCAUAGCUGAAGCUGAACUGAAGCGAGAACCGGAAUUGAAGUCUACGACUGAAACGGAACGGCCGAAGGAAACUCAAGAAGAUCCAUCAGCCAAAUCCACAAAUGAAUGUGUGACAAAGGACGCAAUUUCUGAGGAAGAAGCUGAUUCCAAGCGGAUCGAGAAAGCGAAGGAAAAUAAGGAUAGCGAAUCUGAUGCAACCAAGACGGUCGAUCCCAAGGAGACUGAUGCAGUAAGAAAAGAAUUAGAAGUUUGUGUAGAAAAGAACACGGCGGAGGAUUUGAGCGUCGAAUCAUCACCGAAAGAAUCUCUCUCCACCUGCAGCGUGGAAAGCGCUAGUAAGCAAACGGACGAAACGGGUAAAGCAGCGGAGAAAGGCGAAAAACCGGAAGUCAGUGAAGCGAUCGAAGACCCACCGUUGUUGGUGAAAGAAGAUGGCCAAGGAGCCGACUGUGACAGUGGCGUAGUACCGAUGUUCAGCGAGGUGAUCGAGGAACCGGUGAUGUUUUUUUGUGGCCUCGGUGCCGGUGUCGAUAGCGAAAUGGGUAAUACGAAGAAAGUCGAGGCUGCACCACUGUCGACGGCGACAUCCGAAGCAGACGCGUCCGGAGAUCGCGCAGACGAGAGCGAUAGUCCCAGUGCGGGUGCGAAGAAGGCUGGAAACGGCGAAAAAAGUUCCCCUGGACGAGAAUUGACAUUGCAUAACAAGGAACAGUCCGACGAUCAAUCUGCAGCGGAACAGUUGAAAGACGGUAUCGAUGCUGGUGAAAACAACGCCGGAUUAUCCAAGAAAGGGUUGUCUACCAAAGAAGACGAAAAGAUGGACGGUAGAGCCACCGAGCGGGAACGCGCGGUAAGCGAUAAGGAAGAGGAAGACGAAAAAUCGGCUUCGGAAUCAAUGUCCAGGAGGAAGAGCAACGGACAGCGGGGUAAGAGCGCGGUCACGGAUAAAAAGCAGAGUGGUGCUUCCGUGGAUUCGCUUGGAAAGCGACCGGAGAAUACCAUCGUCGAAGGAACCCCGACGACCGUGCCCGUAAUUGCUCAGGAGAAAUCGGCCGAAAAAAAGCGAGGAUCAAGGAAAAGCAAUACACCCAAAAAAGCAUUCGAUUCGUCGUUGGCGGCUGCUUCGCUGCUGAUCCCCACGGAUGUUAACAGCAAGGAUGGUGGUGUCAACACGAAGUUUUUAGCGGAUACCGAUGAAGAGGAUGAACCUUCCAAGGUAGGCAAUCUUAGUGUAAAACUUACAAAAAAUGGUGAUCAUUCUGAGCUGGCCCUGGCGGGUGAUGGAGUGAAGAGCGAACUGAAGGAAGAGCCUAAGGAUAUUACGCGAAAGGGACAGGACGUCGAAACACACGUCGUCAAAACAGAAGUUAGUUUAAAGGAAGUUGAACGCUCAAAGAUCAAACCAGAAGUAAAGCAAGAAGCGACCGCUGAAGACAAGACAGACUCAGCGGAACCGACAAAGGUAGCUGACUGCGAACUAAAGCAGGCUCCAGAGGAGGAUGAUGAUAAAACCAAGGUGCAACCUAUCGUUACCGAAGGCGACAAACCGGAAGGCGAAAGUCCGUCGAAACGAAAGCGCAAGCAUCGAAACGGAUUGGUGGAUGGGCUUGACAUCUCGAUGGUACUGGAUGCGGGCUCGGACGGUGGAAACAACCCACCGGUGCGACAAUCACGCCGAAUAGCGAUGCAAAAAAUCAAGGAGGAAACGAACCGGCGUGAGAUCGAGGAUCAGAUGCUGAAAAAGAUGAAGGCCGACGCGGUGAAGAAGAAAAAGGACCUCGGCAUGAAGCUCUCCGAUGAUGAUUAUCGCGCGGAUCGCACGUCACCCGAGCAUUCCGACAGCAGCUCGGAUGAUGGCGUCGGUGCGGACGGGCGGCGGCGGAAGAAAAAGAAAAAGAAGAAGAAGAGUGACCAGCAACAGCUGCUCCAGCAGCAGCUAAGCAAGAAGCAAUCGACAUGGAACAGUGCCGCUUCCUCGUCGGAGAGCAGCUCGGAAACGGAGGCGGAGGAUUACUUCGCGGAACCGUACCACUCGGAGGAGGACGUGCGCCGGAGCAACGUGCUGAAGUCGGAUCACGAGUUUUCGCCCGAGUCGGACCUGGAGACGGAGGCUCCGGCUCAACCGCUAAAGCGCGCCCGCACGGCCCGGAAGGCGCGGCACGUGCGUAGCGAAGCGGAAGAAGAAGAGGAAGAGGACGGAGACGAUGGAGGCGAAGAUCACGCGUGUCAGGAGUGCAAAAAGACGGACCAGCCCGAAUGGAUACUGCUGUGCGAUUCGUGUGAUAAGGGUUACCAUUGCGCGUGCCUAAAACCAGUGCUCUUCACCAUCCCCGAGGGCGAUUGGUUCUGUCCGGUGUGUUUGCACCGUCAGCUAAUCGAGCGGCUCCAGUCGAAGCUGGUACUGUUCGAUGCGUUGCGGACAAAGCUAGAAGCGGAGGAGAAACGCCGCCAGGAAGAGGAACAAUCCGCCCGGGAGGCUGAGCUGGCCGAACAAGCACUGGCAAACGAACGGGAGGAGCAACUGCGGGCACAAAAGCGAGCCCGACAGCAGCAGCGCAUGCUGGAACGGGCGGAAGCGGAUGCGCGACGAUCACGGUCCGGAUCGGAAGCGGAUUCUUCGCGCGAACGUCGUAGAAGAAGGCAACGACACCGAAACCGGCGCGCACCGAAACGACGCUCUCGAUCGCGUUCGAGGGGCAGCGGUUCGGAUGGGUCGGGAAGUGACGACGGUACGGAUGGUAGUGGAAGUGGCAGUGGUAGCGGAGGAAGCAGCAGCACUGAUUCGGACGACAUCCCGAUCUAUAAACUGCGGCGUCGCGCCUCGGCCAAGGUGAGCUAUAAGUUCAACGAGUACGAUAGCCUCAUCGAUUCGGCCAUCCGGCGGGAAAUGCGCACCUGCGAGGUGGUGGAGCAGGACGACGAUGAAAAUGCUAGUGAAGAGGAGGAGGAGGACGAAGAGGGGUGCAGGUUUUCCAAGGGCAAGGAUAUUAGCACGAUAAUCGAGGCGACGACACGCGAGGAGCAAGCACGCCGGAAAGCUUUGGAACAGGAACGCGGCGAAGAGGGCGACAGCGAUGGCCGUCAGGAUCGACAAGUGAACGGGAACCAGGAUCAACGGCUGGACCAGGAUCAAGAUGCCGUAGGGCGUGAUAGUGCCGGUGAUCGCGACGAAGAGGGCGGUGGUGAUCAGGCGGUUGUGGUGCGACAGGAGCGUAAACAGCAACAGGUUGCCACCAACCGUGUCGGUUCUGACGUAAACGUGAAGAAGAGCAAGAAGAAGAAGAAGAAACUGUGCAAAAUCGAACUAAGCUCCGAGGAGGACGAAGAUGAUGACUCGGAUGAGGACUUCCGUGGUGACGUAAGUGGUUCGGAUGACGAAGAGGAAGAAGACGAUGAUGAGGAAGAGGACGAGGACGACAACAGUGGGUCGGGUGACAGCGAGAGUUCGCUGGACGUGCGACGUGGGUCCGGAAAUAGGCUGCGGAAGCCUAGCAGCCGUACGGCGGCCAGCAAACGUCGACGGAUCGUCGAAAAUUCGGACGAUUCCGACGACGUGGUGGAAGAACUACGCAAGGCGAAAGCGAAAAAGGCACGAAAAAACCGCGUCCUAGACGAUAGCGACGAAGAGCUGGAUCUGGACGACGACGACGAGGACGACAGCGAGGAUUACGACAGUGACGAUCUUUGCAGUGACACCGAGACGGAGAGCAGCACGCGUAGCAGUGGCAAUCGUAGCAGCAGUAGCAGCAGUGCACCCAGCACAGAUGGUGAUUGGCGGCGGAAGAAAAAGUCCAAGGGUGGCAAAACGAAAGCGAAAGGAGGUUCUGCGUCCGGUGGUGGUGGUGGCGUUGGUGGUGGGAAACAUCUGGAGCGGCCGAAUAAGAAGCCCGUGGCUACGACACCCGCUCGCCCGAAGGCAACGAUCGAAUCGAGUGACGAGGGCAGCGAUGAUGAGCAGGAAGGUGGUGGUGGUAAAGGCGGAAAAACGAUGCCAGGCAAGAAGAAGUCGACCAAAAAACCGGCCUCCUCUCGUAGCCCGGACGGCAGCGGUGGUAAGGGUAUGGCGGAGAAGAAGUCGGAUCGAAAGACGCGUGGUAAAAAGAUCCACUACAUCGUCGACGAAGACUUCGAGAGUUCGGAUGAUGGAAUCCGGCCGGGUGUGCAGCGCCCGGACACGCCACCAGAGGAGCGGGAAAAGUUUAUCCGGCGUCAGGAAGAAAUCAAGCGCAUGCUGGCGGAGAAUAAUGCCGCCAAGGCGAAGGGACUGGCCGCGUCGAAAAUGGAUCAGCUCGCGGGACGUACCGGUGGUGGUUUGGUGAAGGACUCGGCGAAGGAUUCGCUCUCGGACGUGCCGAUGCAGGUGAUCGAGAGCGCUCGGAUACUGGAUAUCGACUUCCUGAAGAGCACGAGCGGCAACACGGCUCGCAUUUCGACCGUCGAUUCGGUGGUCGACUUCGAUGACGAGCUGCCGGAGGAUUUCGAUCCCGACGACGAGAUGGACGACGAAGUACUUGCGAAGAUUAUGGAGGAGGAGGACUUCGCUCAUCAUCAGCUGAAAGUGGCCAGUGGGACACAGGGUGCCGGACCGACCGUGGUUCCGCCAGCAUCCGCGAGUAGUUCGGCACCGGUAACGGAGCUAUUGCCACCCGUGGCCAUGCCGAACGCGGAUAAAACCCGACGUACUUCCGAUGAUCCGGAAGAGUUCCUACUACAGCAGCAGCAGCAGCGGAGUCGUCUGGCGGAAGCUGCGGCCGCUGCCGGUCGGAAGGACACUCCACAUCACCAGCUGCCUUUGCCGGUGAAUCUUGUCUCGUCGGCCAUACCUCCCCCGUCCCAUCCGCCGGUGCCACCAAGCCCCAUCAAGGCCUUACUCAAACCAACUGGUAUACCAACUUCCACCAUAAUGCCACCGAUCCAGUCCGCGGCCGGUGCCAGUGCCGGAACCAUCCUAGCGAACGCUUUACAAACCGGUCCACAUCCGCCCCCGGUGUUGCCCCCGCCUCCGUUGCUAAAGGAAUCUCAUGCGGUUGGUCGGCCAGACGUGCUUAUGCGAGGACCUCCAUUGUCGCUACCCGGCGGACCACAUCCACCGCCACCGGGUGGAUUGCAUCACAAACCCGACCUCUCCCAUCUGAUGGCCGGGUUAGGUAGCGGUGGUCUACCGUUGCCGAAAGGAAUUCCCUUACCACCGCAUCAUCCCGGGCACCGUUUGCCUCUCGGUGGGUUGGGAAUGCCACCACGCAUGUUGGGUCACGUGCCCCAUUCCAUGCCACCUCACGGUGCUCAUCUCGGGAUGCACGUGAAGCCACCUUCUGCACCACUUCCCCACUCGGUUGCCGCCGUUGCGGCUGCUGUUGCGGCUGCCAGCAUGGGACCGGGUGCGGGUGUUCCACAGAAUCCACCUCCAGCGUCACCGACGGCGGCAGGUCCUGCACCGAGAAUGUCAAUCGGUAGCGCCACGACUUCGCCGAUCAGUGCGAAUUCCGAGCGACGAGCUGGACGUCGAAAGAAGAUCACUCCCUUGCGCGAGGAUCUCAAGAGACGAGGAGGUUCAACGCCGACCGAUCUACCGGGUAUUCCUCCUACCGCCGCUCAUCAGGAACAGCAUCAGCGACCUCCACCGCAACAUCCGUCACAGCAUCACGGACACGUGACUCGAUUGCCUCCACCUCCUUCGAUGCCACCCGCAUUGACGGGGGGUUCUCCAGCAGGAUUAAGGACGCCAUUGCCACCGGUCACAACCAGCCAUAGCGCAAUUCAGCAAAGUGCAACAGCCAUCGCAGCUGCAGCUGCGGCCGCUGCAGCAGCUGCAGCAGCUCAGGAGCUCGCUAUCAAAGUACAUUCCCGACCAGCGGACGGUGGCAGUGCUGGAGGUGCUGGCAUGCAUGAACCUCCCCUCUCGGUACCAUCCUCUGUAGCCCAUCUGUCGUAUUUCAGAUCAGAGAACCCACUCUUCGCGCAUCGCCUCGGUCCCUUGCCAAGCAGUAUUCUUUCGUCCGGUAGCAGCAGCCUGCAGCGGAUAGCGGCGAUCAGUGGUGGUGCUCCGCCCACGGUGUUCGGCGAUCCGGCCGCGUACAAUGGUGGCUGGAAGCCGCCACCAGCGGGAAGCAAACUGAAAACAUCGGGUGGUCCUCCAUCGCAUCCGCCCGGUAUGAUGGUGGGUCCACCACCUGGAUCACUGGAACAUUACCACGAGUACAACCCGGCGAAUCAUCACUACAAUCCGUACUACAACGUGCUGGAUCGGGCCCAUUUACGACCGCCGCCUUCGAUCGGCGAGCUUCACAGGACCAGUGCCCUGUCGCCCACCACGUUCACUACCUUGCAGCCGCUUGAGUUCCCACACGUGCUCAAGCCUACCAGUGAAAACCAUCACCAUCAUCAUCACCACGUGCACCACAGUGCGGCCUCAUCGCCGGCUUCGACGACGGGCGAAGAUGGCCCCGGUGGGGAACGACUGGGAGCGUCUCGCGGUGCCGGUUCCGCCGGUCCACCACCACCGGCCCAUACGUCGACGACGGCACCGGAUAAUCACCUUCCGGUGGCAAUAGCACCGUCUCCACCGUCACCGCCGACUUCGCCGUCUCCGACCGGAUCGGCGGCGUCGGCGUCCGGGACGGGUUCCUCGUCGCUGGUGCCACACUCGGCGAACGCUAGCGCGGCCGCGACCACAUCCAGCACGAGUACCAGUGUUUUCGGCGAGCUAGUAAGCUACUUCAGUUCCCAGCAGGAUGAUUUAGAUUCGUAAUCUAUUUAAAAGUGCGCCAUGUAUAUUUGGCCGAAGUAAUUUGUAACCUAACUGCAAACUAAAACAAUAUGUCCACCCUCCCUUCCAUCCAACCCCUCUCUAAAAACUCCCGAUUGAUCCUCGCCCUUCCGUAACAUUAAUGCUUAACUUAUAGGUGCCCUCCUCCCAUCCACCGCCGACAAGAGGCCACCGGAAGUAUCGAAUCCCGCGCUCCCUGGCUACCCCUGUAGAACCGUCAUCAUAGUAUAGCCUUUAUUCUUAUCCCGAAUGGCCGAUGUUUAUACGGUGCGGUGGUGUGGCGGAGGUCGGUAGGCGCAGAUGUAUUUGUUUGUAAUAAGAAAUAAAGUUAUGAUAUACU